CGAGAGCGUCGAAGGCGGCUUCUCGACCAGCCGCCACUUUAGUUAUGGCUUCCGGAGUGGGUGGUGAGCGCGUCGGAGACGCGCAGGACUGAUCUGUAGAGCCCCGAAGGACCUACUUUGACCGAGGGACGUAACACAAGUACUGCGGGCAGUGUUUGAAGAUGGCCCAGAACGAUGUGCCCCUGUCUGCCGGCGAUCAAGGGAACAGGGUGGCCUACCGCUCUUCCCACGGCGACCAAAACCUCAGCCCGUCGGCCUCAGCGCUGGCCAUGGUCUCUGGGGACAGUGUGCUGGUUGCCAGAACUGAGACGCUUCAUCUAGGACCUCGGCAGGCGGUGCGACCCAGCGUUCGAAUCGAGAGUCGUCGAGUGACCGGUGGCGGCUGUAGCCCGACCCGCCUUAUAAAGGGGAGGGAACUCGAUAGUCGGAACCGCAGCCGCCAAGCCCGAUUCUCGCCUUACCCGGUCCCCGGGGUCAAGCUCGACCUCCUCCGAAGUGUGCUGCAGCAGCGUCUGGUCGCCCUGGGGGGAGUCAUCGCAGCGCGCAUCUCCGUCUGAAAGGACCGCUUUCUCUCCACCCCUCGAUUAGCUUGUGAACAAGGCCUUUCUAAAACCCUUUCUCGGUGUAACUGCAGUCUCAUUUUUAGUGGGAUUUUUUGUUGUUGCCGAUUCAUACGUAGUUCUGUUGAAUAUAUCUGAGCAUAAAGGGGAAUUGUACCGUUGAUUAGUUCAGGCGGUUUUAGGCGCCCAGAAUGAGUGGAUCAGAAAAGAGAUAGAAGGGAUUUUCUUAAGUAGUCGCCAAGCCGAGUUGAUGGGAUCACCCUCCCUAGACGUUACCUGUCUUUUCAUUCACCUUUUGUUAAUAUUAUCUUUACAAUAAGGGAUCCAAAUUUACCCUAAUUUCCUCAAGUUUUUUUCGUUUUCUUAUUGAGACAGAGUCUCACUUUGUGGCCCUGGGUAGAGUGCUGUGACAUCACAGCUCACGGCAACCUCCAACUCUUGGCGAUUCUCUUGCCUCAGCUUCCCAAGUAGCUGGGACUACAGGCGCCCGCCACAACCCCUGGCUUUUUUUUUUUUUUUUUUUGGAAAUGGGAUUUCACUGUGACUCAGGCUGGUCCCGAACCUCUGAGCUGAGGGCAGUGCAUCUGCCUUGGCCUCCCAGAGUGCUGGGAUUACAGGUGUGAGCCACCACGCCCGGCCUAAAAACCCCUGCCCAGCCUACUCUUAACUUGAUGCUUGUAAUUCCAGCUUCAUUAACUGUCUCCCUCUAUAUCUCAGACUCUCACUUUACAAUCUGUUGGUGAAAAAGAAGUGCUCCUUUUUAUUACACUGGCUUAUUCUUCCAUCUUUUGCCCAGCAGUACAUCUACAACAUCCCCCUUCACCUUUUUUCAAGAAUAUCAACAAAUUGCAAUCUCCACCACACUAAAAAAAAAAAAAAAACACCUGAAAACUUAGUUCUUUCAAAUUAUUAAACUCUUUACAUUCUUUUCUAAAGACUUGAAAUAAAUUUUUACCUUAUAUUUGUAAUUUUCCUAUUUCCACUCAAUCCCAGCUUCUAUCUGGAUUUGCUGUAUCCAAAUAUGUUGGUUGAAACAAGAGACAGUAACCUUCAGAAAGCUGUUUGUCUACUCCUUGUAGCAUCUUCCUUGAAAUUUCUUAUUCAACUAUUAAACAACAUUUGGGGAUCUUCUUAACCUGGUGGGAAAA